ACUGGCUGGUAUCUGCCGUGAAGACGGAGAAAGAUUGAAACGCGUAUUGGAAGAUAUGGAUGUGGAUGUCGUUGGCCUUCUCGUACAGUGGAGUACGGUCAAGUAUAUUGUCUGCCUGGCACUACCUUGCUUGUGAAUUCACGAGGCAAACCAGCCUAUCAAUGACGACUGAUGAAGCUCUGGGUCUUGGCAAGUAGACUGCGAAUGGCUCGGCUUCAGGAUCAGGCGAUCGAUAUGCUCGAGAUGAGGAUCCGCUUAGAUGACAUGCAGAUUGAGACGAAAUAUUUCGGGUUCGUCUAUAACAAUACAGUCCCAGGCGAUGCCCUACGCAGAUAUAUCAUCGAUUUCUGCGUAUCAAGCUCGUUUGAAAGCGGCGUCCAGGAUGUUUUUCCGUGGGAGCUUCGACAUGAUAUCUUCGAAGAAGAGCUGAUGAAGAAAGAAGUUGACUCGACUGGGAUACACGGAUAUCACGUCGUCGAAGAGAGCGGCGAAGUGAGUCGGAAGGAAAGGGCAAGGAACCAGAGUGGUCGACGUAAGGAAGGAGAUUAUCACUAUCAUAGCAUGGUUUUAGCCAAUUAUUAAAGACAGAAUACGUCGCAUAAGAAGCUCUGCGAUUGAUGGUCGACCUCAUCUGGUCCAAAGAUCUCGUACAAAGAGGGGCGUUUCCCGAGGAC